AUGACUUCAAAAAUUGCCACUGUUGCCAAUUUGGCAGUUCAUGUCUUUCAGCAGCACUCGAUUCGGUCCGGUUUAUCAUCCGCAACUCAGUUUAACAUAAGUUCAGUUGAUCUUCCGGGUGGUGGACCGCCCAAUGGACGAUUUGAGACCUCGCAAAAUUUGUCCACUCCACCAACAAGCACUACGUCCUCGCUAGUCCCCGACUUACUGCAACGCCUGUUGUCAUCUGUUCAUUCACUCACUCCAAAAGAUGUUGGUUUUGAUACGCGUUGGAUUUCCAGCGCUAAUGUGUAUGCUGCGCCUGUAGCCUACGUUCACAUUAUGGAAAACGAGAUUUUCUCCAUGGGUAUUUUCAUUCUACGUCCGGGAUCUCGCAUUCCGCUGCAUGACCAUCCGGGGAUGUUUGGAAUCUUGCACGUAAUCUAUGGUUCUUUACGUUGUCGCAGUUUCACUCCUUUACGCAACGUCAAAUCAUCAGACUCCAAUUUUCACAAGGUCGCGUUCUCCAAAUUCUCCGAUUCUCGGUGGCAACUGUCUGAUAUAAUUCUCGCUCGUCCGUAUCAAGAUGUCGUCAUGACAACUGAGAGUCAAGCUCAUCUUCUUUCACCAAUUGAUGGGAACUUCCACGAAAUUUCAGCAGUUGAUGGACCAGCCGUAUUUCUUGAUAUUCUUUCCCCUCCUUAUGACCACGAUUUGGGCACGCGAGAAUGCAGAUUCUACAAAGAGGUUGUCUUACCAAGUCCCAUCUGUGGUACCACAAAACACCAUGAUGAUUUCCCAAUCCCCUGUGCUGGUGACGCUACGGUAGGUGAUACAGGCACAUCAGAUAGUGACAUCAGUUCCGGACCUAGUGGACAGGUUUACACGAACCUAAAUGCACAGUCCUCUAUUAUUUACUUGGUGGAAACCAACCAACCCAAAGACUAUUGGUGUGAGUCCGCUGAGUACUCAGGACCCAGCGUGGUUUGA